CUCCUCCUGAUCGGCGACUCCGGUGUAGGCAAGUCGUGCUUGCUGCUGCGGUUUGCAGAUGAUACGUAUACCGAGAGUUAUAUUUCGACGAUUGGAGUGGAUUUCAAAAUCCGAACAAUCGAGCUGGACGGUAAAACUGUCAAACUCCAAAUCUGGGACACAGCCGGCCAGGAACGUUUCCGAACCAUCACAUCCUCCUACUAUCGCGGCGCACAUGGCAUCUGCAUCGUCUACGACGUGACGGACAUGGAUUCCUUCAACAACGUGAAGCAAUGGCUGCAGGAGAUCGACCGCUAUGCCACCGAAGGCGUGAAUAAGUUGCUCGUCGGCAAUAAGAGUGAUAUGGAGGAUAAGAAGGUGGUUGAGUAUACAGUUGCUAAGGAAUUCGCUGAUUCCCUAGGCAUCCCUUUCCUCGAGACGUCCGCCAAGAGUGCGUCGAAUGUCGAGCAGGCGUUCUUGACCAUGGCGAGACAGAUUAAGGAGCGCAUGGGCACUGCGACCGUGAAUAAUAAGCCGACUGUGCAGGUUGGACAGGGGCAGGGAGUGCAGUCGGGGUCUGCGGGUGGGUGCUGUUAA